AUGCUGACGACGACGCCACGGCGCAUGCCUGGGAUUGAGCAGGCAGACGCGACUCCGACCGCCUUUGUGUUCCCGGGCCAGGGUGCGCAGAAGGUGGGCAUGACCAAGAAGGAGCUGGACAUUCCGGCAGUCCAAGUCAUGUACGCCAAGGCCAAGGACGUCCUCGGCUACGACAUCCAAAAGAUUGUGAUGGGAGACAGCCAGGAGGCUCUUGACAGCACGCUGGCUGCGCUGGAGCGACUGCGGCUUGAUGACCCGGACGCCGUGAAGCGGUGCACGGCUGCGGCGGGGCUGUCGCUCGGCGAGUACACGGCGCUCGUGGCGGGCGGCGCCAUCACCUUUGAGGACGCGCUCAAGAUUGUCAAGAUCCGUGGCGAGAUGAUGCUAGAGGCAUCAAAGCAGAACAAGGGCACGAUGCUGUCUGUCAUUGGCGUAGAUGACGCCACCCUCGCCGCCGCCUGCGAGGAGGUCGCAGCAGCCACACGACAGACGGCCGAGAUCAGCAACUUUCUCAGCCCAGGCAUUCGCGUCAUCUCAGGCGAUGAGGAAGCGGUGGAGAUGGUGCGCUUUCGCAUCGAAUCAAAGGCAAUGAAGGUGCAGUACCUGGCUGUGAGCGGUGCGUUCCACACGCGACUGAUGCAGCCGGCUGUGGACGCGCUCAGAUCCGCCCUCGACCACAUCGACAUUCGCAUGCCACACAUCAACGUGUACGCAAACACGCUCGGCCGCCCUUAUGAGGUGCUCACAGUGCACACCAUGCAAUGA